AUGGACGCUGCGAUGACGGCGGCCCAGAGCCCUACCGAUGCGCAGGGUGCGGGUGGUGAUUAUAUCGUGGGGAAAACCUCUCAAGCUGUCAGCCUUCCAGAUGCGUGGCGGGAGCGGUUUAGAGACCUGAUUACGACCCAUCUGCGCAUGGACGGCGCGAUGCAGCAGCAGGCCAUGGAGCUCUUCUCCGCCUGCUACGCGCUCCUCGCGCCCUCCCUCGCUUCCUUCGGCGCUCCCGAGUCCCCGGACGACAGCGAGCGCGCCUGGAGCGCGUGCGUGCUGUUCGUGGUGCGCAAGCUAGGCCCUGCGAAAGCAGCAGAGGAGGCGGCCGCCAGAGCAGGACAAAUCGCGCUGCCCGGGUCCUCGCGGUCGCAGUGGCCGUGGUUCACUCUGUCGGAGCUGCUGCGCGCCACCAAGCUGACAGUGGUGGAUUUCUUCAAGGAGAUCGCCAACUUCCUGCCACGUGUCAGUCCUGUGAUGCAGGCGGCGUAUGGGGACUUGUGGGAGCAGAGGCUCGAGGUGAAGGAGCUUCAAGCCAACUUCGUGCAUGCAAUCGUGCUCUUCAACCACUACAAAAAGGUUUUCGCAGAGCUCUUCAUCAGCUCUCCCCCGCCGUCCCUCCCUUCGGGCGCACCUGCUCCUCCUGCCGCCGCAGCCGCCUCCCAAUUCUCCCGCGAGAUGCGCUUCGGCUGGCUGUUGUUCCUCUCCAUCAAGGCGCACCUUCUCAGAAGGUUCCCGGAUCUUGUCACCGCGACAAACGCAAUGCUGUGCACACUUGUGGUGCUGAUAGUGCACGUUCCCCCGUCUCUCCGCCGAUUCUCCUUCUCAGACCCUGUCAGAUUCUCGCGCCGAGCAGGGAGGGAGAGGCUAGUGGACGUGGUGGGGUCGCUGUGUGCGAGCUACAAGGCAGCAGAGGGGGAGGUCUCCGCUCUCCUGGACCGCACCCAGCAGCUCAUGGCCCGCUGCCUCGCGCGCCAGGCAGCCCCAGCAUCCUGCGAGCAGCACGACGCGGGGGAGCUCUGCCCCGACCGGCUGUUUCUGUUUGAGGGGUUGCUGCAGGACGCGGCGGCGCUGCCCAGUGUGGAUCUGGUGGAGGGGGCGUACCAGGAGGCGUAUGUGGAGGCGGGGGACAGGGCGCUGGACGAGAGGAUGUUUCUGUCGGGGGAUGGGCAGGUCAUUGGGGCUGUCUCGCAGCUCACUGCUGCCACUUCUGCCAAGGCGGGGGACAGGGCGCUGGAUGAGCGGAUGUUUCUGUCGGGGGAUGGGCAGGUCAUUGGGGCUGUAUCCCAGCUCACUGCCGCCACUUCUGUUGCUGCCGCCAAGGUGAGUGGUACUGAACGGUACUGUGUGGCUCAGAGUGGGGUCUGCCACCAAAUGCUGUCGGGAGAUAGGCAGGUCAUUGGGGCCGUCUCGCAGCUCACUGCUGCCUCCACCGUUGGCGCCUUCAGCGCCCCCACAGGCGCAAUGAACGCCCCUUCCUCCCCCUUCGCCAGCGCCAUGGGCGCAGGGGGAGGCGCAGGGGGGGAGGGGCGCGGAGGGGGGAGCACCACCAUCACCAUCGCCCCCUUCUGCUCCCCCGCCCGCUCCUUCCUCACCCGUCUGGUCCCAGGGGGAAUGGGGGGGACAGGGGGAACCGGGGCAGGGGGAGGGGGAGGCGGAGGGGGGAUGGGGGUUCCCCAGACCCCUAUCUCUGCUGCCAUGUCGACAGCUCAUUGGUUGAGAACCGUAGUGUCUGCUUCCCCUGCUGAGCCUUCAUUGGAUCUGCUGCGGUUUUUGCACGCGUGCGACAAGGAUGUAACGGGCGCUGUGGUAACCAGAACCACCCUGGUUUCGCAUGAGAUCUUCUCUGCUGUCUCCCAGAAGAAACGAGCUGCCGCUGCUGCUGCAGCAGCAGGGGCGGCCGGGGGAGGAGGGGGGAAGGGAGCGGCGGGAGAGGCAGGAGGAGAGAAGAACGGAACGGGAGCAGGAGCAGGAGCAGGUGACGCUGGGAAGCAGGCCGACGGGGAUGCCGCAGCAGGGGGAGGCGGAGGGGGAGCGGGAGGGGGGAGCGAGCCGGCAGAGGCGGCGCUAUGGGCGGAGCAGAGGAGGCAGGAGACAGUGAAGCUGUACUACCGUGUCCUCCUCCGCAUGUGCACGUCCGAAUCCCUCCGCAUCAACUCACAGAACCUCACUCCACUCCUCGAUAACGAUCGGUUCCACCGCGCGCUCCUCGCCUGCUCAGCCGAACUCGUUCUAGCCAGCCACAAAGCGACGGCUCACGCUUUCCCUGCUGUGCUGGCCCCGGCGGGAGUGUCGGCAUUUGAUAUGGAUAAGGUUAUGGAGGGGUUUGUGCGGUAUGAAGAGGGGCUUCCAGGGGAGCUGAAGCGGCACCUGAACGCGUGUGAUGAGCGGAUACUGGAGAGUCUGGCCUGGGAGAAAGGGUCGAGUCUGUAUGUGACUGUGGUGGUGGCGAGGCGGCAUUUGCUGGCGGAGGUUAGGAGGCUUCAGCUGCUGCCGGAAGGGGAGGAGGGGUUGGUGGGAAGGCUGGUGGGGAGAGGAGCGGGAGGGAAGGGGGGUGGCGGGGACGGGGAGAAGGGGGAUGGCACGCCGGAGAGCAAGGGGAGUGAUGAAGCCUCCCCGCCAGCCCAGGCGUCCUUCCCUGCAUUCUCCCCCAUGAAGCCACAGAACAAGCGGGAGUUCGCACACCUGCACUCCUCCUUCACCACUCCCUUCCAGCGGGCGUCGGCAGCAGCAGCGCCACCGGGGGAGAGUCGAUCCGAAAUGCUGUUCAACCAGUUCUGCCAAAAGGUCCUCAAGCUAGCGGUGGUGAGAGUGCGCAGUCUGUGUGAGCGCCUGAGAUUGACAGCAGCGGUGUCGGAGAUGGUGUUUCGAGUGGUGGAGCAUGCCGUGGAGGGCGAGGUGCAGCUGCUCUUCUGCCGCCACCUCGACCAAAUCAUCCUCUCCUCCGUCUACGGCGUCUGCAAGGUGUCACAAGUGGCAGUCACGUUCAAGGACAUAAUCGCGCAGUACCGCAAGUUACCGCACUGCAAGCCUUCGGUCUUCAGAAACGUGUUCAUUGACGCCAAGCCACCCCCUGCUGACUCUGCCUCCAAGGAGCCCAUCCCCCAGCACGGAGACAUCAUUCGGUUCUACAACGAGAUAUUCGUCCCGGCUACCAAGUCCUUCCUGCUGCACCUCGGUCAUGGCGCCUCCACAGCAGGGGGAGCAGGAGGAGGAGCGGGGGAGAGGGGCGGGGGGCACGGGGGGAGCAUGUUCAGGAGUCCCCUGGUGCACUCGUCCCCGGCUCUGGCGCACUUUCAGCAGCACCAGCAGUCGCCUUCAUCUGUGCCAGGGGCGUCCCCUCGCCGGGUGUCCUCACGGCACAACGUCUACGUCUCGCCACUGCCCACCUCUAGGAUGGAGGCCCUGCUAGCCUCGCCUCACCGCCAGCUCUCAGCACAGCUGUCCACGCAGCUGCUGGGAGGGGGCCUUUCCGCUGACCCCUUCGCCAGUCCCUCCAGGCAUAUUGCGGCCAUCAACCAGCGCAUCAGCAGCAGCAGGCGCCUGGGUCGACUGGACUUCUCAGAUGCAAUGGAUGAGAUUCCUCAGGUGCCGAUGCUGCAGCAGGUGAGCAGGCAGCAGCGUAUGCAGUGGGCAGUGCAGCAGGAAACGGGGAGGGACAGGUGGCAAUGCCAUCAGGAGCAACGGCUAUGGGAGUUGAGAGUUCAGCCGUAG